UCGGAAUCCCGAUUGGCUAAUGCUGUCUCCUCUGAGUUUAGCUUGUUGUGUAGCCACCUAGCCGGAGAAACUGGAGAGUGGGUGUGUUACCUGCUAACUUUCGUAACAACAGGUUCUCGCUGGUACAAUCAAACGUGCGCAGAGGUGAUGUCGCUUUGCUUAUUUGACCUGUUAUGUUGAUUAUUUGUGCGUGUUAUUUACGCGGAUGGCAACAACCUGGGCAAUGCAAACAGCAGCUGAUUAGCUUCCUAGCUAGCUAGCUAGCCAAGCAGCUAACGUCAGUGACGAGCGUUCUCGCAGAUGUCAUGUCGCACGAAAAGCUGACCUUGUAGGCGAAGGACGAUUUAAUAACGAGGAGCCAUGGCGUCGACCAGGCUCCUGUGUCUGUUCAGCGCGAAAGCAGCAGGCACGACCAAAACGAGAUUAGCCGGGGCAGCAGCGAGCCGUGUGUGCUGCAGGAGAAGUGUCUGCAGUUCACCUUCAAGGCGGCAGAGCUGCAUGUCAGCCUGGGUCAUCGAUCAGUACGACACUGAUGGAGGGGGUUUGAGGUUCACAGAUGAAGCCACCGUGCCCACCGUCAGGUCUCCCACUGAGGUGCUGAUUCAAGUCCAUGCGGCCAGUCUGAACCCUCUUGACAUAUCUAUGAGGGGUGGUUAUGGAGCAAAAUUGCUGAAGUUACGAAGGGAGCCACUGUCCGCGAUGCACAGCGAUAGCGAGUUUCCCCUGAUCCUGGGCCGCGACGUGUCCGGUGUGGUGGUGGACUGUGGGUCAGAGGUCACACAUUUUGCCCCAGGAGACGAGGUGUGGGCUGCUGUUCCUCCAUGGAAGCAAGGAAGUCUGGCAGAAUUCGUGACUCUAACAGAGUAUGAGGUUUCCCAUAAGCCAGAAUUAGUGAGUCACACAGAGGCAGCAUCAAUCCCCUAUGUGGCCAGCACUGCUCUGUCCGCACUUGUCAGUGCAGCUGGUCUUUGCCGAGACAGCUCUUCAAAUAAAAGAGUUUUGGUCACUGGAGGAUCGGGAGGUGUUGGAACAUUCUCUAUUCAGUUAUUGAAGGCCUGGGGUGCCCACGUAACAGUUACCUGCUCCCACAACGCAGAAGGCCUUGUUCGAGGGCUGGGGGCUGACAAGGUGGUGGACUAUACAGAAGGAGAUGUUGCCGAACAACUAGGAAUGAUGGAGAAGUUUGACGUGAUUUUGGACAACGUUGGCGGCGACACGGAGCAGUGGGCGGUGGGCCUGCUGAAGCCCUGGUCCGGGGCCAAGUACGUGACACUGGUAACACCUUUUCUCCUCAACACUGACUCCAUGGGUCUGAUGGACGGGACGAUCAACGCUGGAGUCACCCUGUGCGCGAAGGCCACGCAGAACAUAAUAUCAAACGGAGUCUUCUACCGAUGGGGGUUCUAUGCUCCGGACGGCCCCGCCCUGGACGAGGUCAGGAAACUGGUGGAUGCGGGGAAGAUCCUGCCAGUUGUGGAGGCCCAGUUUCCUUUCACCCAGGUGCCCCAGGCCUUCCAGAAGUUGGAGCAGGGCCACGCCAGAGGGAAGACAGUCAUCCGGGUGGCUGAGGAGGAGACGAGCCAGGCCGAAGACCUGGUGCUGGACGUCGGCACAGAGACUGCAGAGUCAGAGCAGGGAGCGCAAGGAACAGCACAGCAAAACUAAAAGAGGGCGGCGGGGGAGUGGAUUCUUCUCGUUUUUUCUUCUCCUUUCUUCACAGCAUCAGUCUGUACGGUCCAAACAAAUCAGCGGUGGCUGCUUGUGUAGCGACGGACCAAACGCGUGAUCUGAGCUCGUGAUGGGAGCGUUGCCAGAGGCCGUUGUUCUUCUCGUUAAACCUCUCACACUCUCCUGUACUGUAUCCAAGUUUUCACAAGUAGCUUGAGUCAUGCCGUGUUCCUGUCGCGUGGAGCUGAUAUCAUGAUCAAUUUGCAGACUAGUAAGAACUAUUUGGGGCAGCGUCCUGCUGGGAAUGACUGUCAGGCUUUCUGAAUUCUUUCAAACAAGGAGUUGCAUAGUAAUAAUAAUAAAAAAAAUGUUUGUCAAUAUUUAUAUCUAGUACAUCAUGAUUGAUAACUACCAUGAGCACUUGCAAAUUAUUUUCCCAUCUCACAGUAUGUGGAGGCAUCAUAGAGCUCAUUCUACAGUACAAUGUACUCAAGAGAUUUAUUGACAAAAAUACUUUUAUUAUUAUUAUUAUUGUUGACAGAGAACUUGCGUGUGUAUAGUGUUGAUUAAACAAUGAGAAUGAGACAUUUCAGGAGGAAUUAUAAUAUAUAGUUUUUGUUUGUUUCCUCCUGCUGCAUGCAGCUUGAAUAUAUUGUAUAACAUGACAUUGAAUAAAAACAUAUGAAAAAGAGUUAA